AAGCCAAUGACGACAAAAACUACAACAACUGCAACAACAACAACGAACAAGAACAGCUACGAGACCUACCUGCCUCAUGAACCCAACGUCACGUGCCUUCCCCCGGUGCUCUGUCCAAAAACCACCUCUCACUCUGCCAUAGGGUCCCACUCAACUUGUAAGCUCUCUGACGGUUCAACGGGAGUAUUGUGCUCUUCCCCCGGCACAGGAACUGGUCAGCGACAAGAAGCCCCACUCGUUCGAGGUGAUGGAGCUCCUCUGACAAGCGGAAGAGGACUGAAGGGUACGUCAAGGGGUGGCGCCUGUGUUCCACUAGUUCUGUGUGCCCAAGUGGCGUCCCAGCCUCAUCUGUUGCUUUACAACUGGUGUCGUCUUCCAGAUCAGUCUCCCGGAGUUAUCUGCCAGUUCCAUGCUACCCAGACCCAAAGCAGCCAGAACGCUGGUGGCCCAAAACCCCACAGGUCCAAACGAGCGAUUCCAACUUCCUCGCCUCUGGCCAGUCUUAGUCCUAUUGAUACGACGAAAACAGGAUCGAAGGACUUCUUCCGGGUUUCUCAGUCUGCCGUCACUUCCCUUCAAGGCGUCAUCCAAUCCGGAAGACAAGCGUUCUCUCCGAGCACAAGUACGUUCGCGGCAGCAGCUCAGUCUCAAGCACCAUCUCCAGAUCCAGAGAGUCCGACGGCUCUCACCUUCCUCAACUCCAUGCCCUCAAACGAAGCCUUGGUGCUAAACGAGCGAGCCCAGCAGUCUGUCUCGACAGUUGCCGAUCUUCAGUCCUUCUCUAGUGGCAGCCUCGAGCGGGUGCAGAGCAUUGGACCGACGGGAGCGUCCGACGAAAUUGAAAAUAGGAUCGGCUCGAGCGCUCCCGUGUCGCUGACGACAGUGCUGCUCGUCCCCGAGUGUGUCCCCGAGACGCCGACCCUGUGCCAGCCCAGUUUCUACCGCUCGGUCACCGGUGUUUGCAACAACCUGCAGUUCCCAACGAGAGGGCGUGGAAGAACAGGGUUCAAACGCCUCCUUCCAAACACCUACGACGACGGUUUGUUCACGACUCGAACCAGAGCAAUCCGUGGAGGCAUCCUGCCAAGCGCCAGGAAAGUCAGUGAACGUGUGCUGGACACAAUGUCAAAUGAAUUACGCGACUUCACAUUGUCUGUGAUGCAGUGGGGUCAAUUUAUCGAUCAUGAUCUAACGCAUGCGCUGCUGACAAGACGCAGUGACGGUGGUGGUAUUGAGUGCUGCCUGGAUGACGGCAGGACCUUCCCAGACUUUCCACUGCAUCCUGCAUGCAUCCCCAUCCGUAUCCCCACCGACGAUCCAUUCUACAGCAAGUUUGGCCAGCGUUGUAUGAGUGUUGUGCGCUCCCUUCUAGCUCCUGAUCCGCUGUGCAUUGCUCGUCCCGCCAAUCCUCUUAACGAGCUCACCGCUUAUCUAGAUUCAUCCAACGUCUAUGGCAGCGACGAGACGACCUUCAGCGCUUUGCGCGCCUUCCGAGGUGGUCUGAUGCACACCAGCGCGCAGGAUCUCCUUCCACGGACAGGUAAUGACUGUCGCCCGUCCGCCGGCGCUUGUUUCCUGGGUGGUGACAGUCGUGUUAACGAACAGAGUGGCCUUGUCGUCAUCCACACCAUCUUCUUGCGCGAACACAACCGCAUCGCUCGUGGCUUAGCCCGCAGGCAUCCCAACUGGAACGACGAGCUGCUCUUCCAGCAGGCCAGGCGGGUCCUGAAUGCCGAAUGGCAGCAUAUCAUCUACAAUGAGUGGCUGCCGAUCAUCAUUGGAUAUGACUACGCAAGUGCGCAUGGACUAUUGCCACUGAGAAGCGGGUUUUCAAACUUAUACGAUCCCUUCGUUGACGCGUCCAUGUCUAACUCCUUCUCUAGCGCUGCGUUCCGGUUUGGUCACAGCAUGGUGCGGGAUGUCUAUGACCUUAUCAACGCGGAAGGUCAGGUGUUCAGGUCGAUCAACAUCACCAGAACCUUCUUCGACCCGAGCAUCAUCACAGAGAGCCUCGUCGGCCACGCGCGGACGCUAGUCGCGCGCCGAUCGGAAACGUUCGACACAAGCAUGGCGGAAGGACUCCACGAACAGCUCUUCACCACAAACUUCAUGUUCGGCCUCGACCUCCUCGCAUUCAACAUCCAGCGCGGGCGCGACCACGGAACUCCGACCUACGCCCAGGCCGCUAGAGCUUGCGGCAUAGUCGACGUCGCCUUCUGGGGUGACCUGUUCCGAGUCAUGUCGCCGGAAGCGAUCGACAAGCUUCGUUCCGUGUAUGACGAUCCUCGCGACGUAGACCUCUUCAUCGGAGGUGUAGCGGAGGAGCGUGCGCCAGGGGCGCAGGUCGGUCCCACCUUCCAGUGUCUGAUCGGACAGCAGUUCUUCGACCUGCGUAACGGAGACCGGUUCUUCUACGAUAACGGUGGCUUCCCACAUAGUUUCUCGUCGACACAGCUGCAGGAAAUUCGGAAGAGCAACUGGGCCAGGAUCCUAUGUGAUACGCUUGGGCCGGAGUUUGGGAACGACUUCACCCGGGUGCAGCCGCUGGCGUUCCUAACCACACUGGGUGUUAACCAAGUUAUCGACUGCAGGACAUUGGCUAUUCCGACUGUGAACCUUGAUGCAUUUUAAUGUGAUCCUUUCAAAUGAUUAGAAAUGGCAUGGUUUCAACCUUAUUUAGCUUCACUGAUUCUCUGCUCCUUUUUGAUUCACGUGUUCCCAACUAUGUUAAGCUGCAGACGUGAGAAGAAAAUAAUAAAUACAGAGUAAUUACCAUGGUGCAGGCACAUCAUGCAUUGUUGUUGACUGAAAGCUUUUGAAUAUGAACGAAGUACGAGGUAAGCAGGCUUGAAAUGGCUCAGCAAUCAAUUUGUAAUCAAGGCUGAUCGAGUCGUUUACUCUGUUCGUUUUUUUUUCACAAUAAAAAGGUCACAAAACAACUACUUGGCGUUGUUUAUUAUUACCAUCUGUUCAGUUGUUACAGUGUGCCAGUGAAAAAAUGCCAGCC